CUUCCAUUUCCGCUUGUACGCCAUUUUGGUUAUAACCUAAAAUUUAUACGACCUGACCACGUUUUUGAUAGCCGGCCGGCGUCCAUUGUGUCUCUGAUCUCUGAUGUGAAAGGAUAUGUAGCAAAUGCGAGCACCGCUGUCCAAAUGAUCAGGACCCUGUUUGCGGAACGGAUGGAAGAACAUAUCUCAAUAAAUGCAUGUUGAGGGUGGAAAUUUGCCGGGUGGGAAUUGAACUCUCUCAUCUUGGACCGUGCAACAACAUCUCGGCGCACAGAGAAAACUGUCCAGUUUCCUGUGAUUUUGCCCCCGUCGAUGGACCGGUGUGCGGAAGCGAUGGAAAUGUCUACAAAUCCACCUGCCAAAUGAAGCUACUCACCUGCGGGUGCUGCUGCAAUGGUGCUCACAUUCAGCUACUCAUGUGCCGGAAUGUGCUCCUAAUGGUUUAGUCAUCUUCACUGUUGUCCACCUCCUCCUCUUCGACCAAGGUCACCAACAUCAAUACUGAACUCUGGUGACGUAUAAGAUUAUGCUUUUUCAAAUGAGUGUAAAAAUUCGAUGUCAUCCAGCGCAUAUCACUCAUUUGAAUCGUUUUUACUUCCUGACAACCAACAGCAGGGCUUUUCACGGCAGCAGAAUAAUUGCCACCUUCAUCUAAUGUUAUGUUGGCCGAAAUCUUUGAAAAUUUACGUCUAUAUUUACGUUGAAGAAUAUGAGCACGCUGGCUGUGUCGAUGACGUUGAAGUUUCCGACGCAGCAUUGGCGUUUGGAGUGGAUGAUGUAAAGGAUGAACUACUAUAUGGGGGUACU